AGACAAGUCACAACAUGUGGUUACAACACUGUGUGAUAAGAAAUGUGAUAAGUUCAGAGGUCAUGGAAGGCCUCCCCAGAGAGAGGAGCAUGAUCCAGAUAGAAGAAACAACAUUUCCAGAGAAUGAUCCUUCCAGAGAAGGAUCGGAACACACUGGAACACAGAGUGCUAGGUGGGGAAUGGUAAAAGAGGUUGCAGAGGUAGUCAGGGGCCAAGUCAUGAAAGCUCUUUGUUUUUUAAAACUGCUUUACUGAGGUAUAAUCGACACCCCAAAGCCGUACAUGUUUAAUAUACGCAGCUUAUGAGUUUGGAGAUAAAUACAUACCUGUGAAACCAUCACCACAAUCUAUGCCAUAAACAAACCCAUCCCCUCCAGAGAUUUCCUCCUGCCCUCAUUAUUUAUUAUUAUUAUUUUGUGCUAAGAACACUUAAGAUCUGCCCUCUUAGCAAAUGUUUAAAGUAUACAGUACAGUAUUGUUAACUAUAGGCACUAUGCUGUACAGAUCUCUAGGAUUUAUUAAUCUUGCGUAUCUGAAACUUUGUCCCCUUUGACAAAGAUCUCUGGUUUCCCUGCCCUUGAAAGCUCUUGAUGGAAAGUCCUUGAAGCCUUGCGGGGAAUGGCACUUUCCAUGCCCUCUUCCUGGAACUCCCUCACCUCCUUCAGGUCUCCCGCUCAAAUGUCACUUCUACGGGGCCACCUUCCCUUCAUCCUUUAUAAAACAGUUGUCCCAUCCCUCUUAGCUCCUCCACCUGCUUUAUUUUUCAUAGCACUUAUUGCCAGAUGGUUCUUCCACUAGACUGUAACUAGAAAGGAACAAGAGUGUUUUUGUUUGCUGUCACAUCCCAGAGCCUAGUACACAGUGCCUGGUACAUAGUAAAAUAGGUCCUCAAAUACUGAGUGAAUGAAUGAAUGAAUGAACGAAUGAACAAACAAACAAACAGAAAUACAUCUGAUGUUUAGGAAGUAGAACCAGUAGUUCUUUGGUAGAAGAUGGACGUGGGCUGUGAAGGAGAGGGUGGAGUCAUGGGUCAGAUGAGGCUUCUGUUGGAUAACUGGGUACACGGUGGUGUACCCCACGGCAUAGGGGUCACGGCAGAAGGGUAUGGAGUUCACUAUGAUGUGAGAUAGGGCAUCACUUUUUAGGAGUGUGGUGUAGGCCAUCCUGGCAGGGGAAAGGAAUGCCUCUCUGGUUGUCUGACAAUACGGAAUGCUCGGUUUCAAACAUAUCUGCGUCUGAAUCCCGCCACUUAUUAGCUCUGUGAUUCUGAAUGAUUACUUAACUUCUCUGAACCUGUUUCCUCCUCUGCAAAUUGGAGGUAGGGGUGGGGAGAGGGGGGCUUCCUAUCUCAUGGGGCCAUUGCAUUCUAGAAUGCCUAGCGCAAUGCCAGGUACAUAGUUGGUGUUCUUACAACAGCAUUAUUGUUGUUGCUAUAAUCAGAACAUCUCUGUUUAAAAGUUCUUUCCUAUAAUGAGUCAAGUUCUACGUCCUAUAAUCUCCUGUGCUAGUCUUAGUUUUGCCCUCUGUGUUAGCCAGAAUAAUUCUCCUUCCAUAGCUGUUGGCUUUAGGAAGACUGGCAUGUCCCCUGCAGCUCCCCAUUCUCCAACCUAAAUAUCCUCAUCUUCCCAAGCAGGACAUGGUUCAUAUGAGUGCUUCCUUCAUUCUCCCAGCCCUCUCCCUUAGUCGUGUUCCUGUUUGUCACUGUCCCUCUGCAUAUACAAUGUCCAGAACUGGACUUGGACCUUCUGUAAGUGUGGAGGUCAUGCCUUGUUCCUGUUACAUCAUCACCCUAAAUUAUGACCUCAGCCGCCCAAACUCUUUGAUCAGAGUCUUUUAUUCUUUCUUCCUCAUUCUAGCCCAUGCUUCCAAAGCUGACACCUCUUUCCUGGUCCUUCUUUGUGGACUUCCCCUCUGGCCUUUCUCAUAAUACCUUCUAGCCCACUGCAGUCCUGAUCCGACAUCUGAUUCUAAUCAUUCUCCCAUUCCUUCUCCAGACCUGGAGACUGGUCUGGGUUGGCCUCACACCCGAACAGGUGCGAUGCUCCUGAAUACCCCCAGAAGGCCAUGCUGCUUAACAGAUCCAUCUCUCUCUCCUCCCCCACUGCUAUCUGUUUUCCAAGAGUGAACAGCAGCACUGCCAGCUGAUCUGCUGCUUGCUGCCUCCAAUGCCUCUUCUAAUGUCACCACCGCCUCUGCUGUCUGCCGCUCUCUUCCCUCUUCGGGCCACAUUUUUUCUCCUUGUUAUUUUCUGCUCUCUCCUUUGCCUGCCACUACUGAAUAUCUCAACUUUGGCUUCUCAGGAACCAAAAUCCCGCCUUCUGGCCAGCAAACCAAUCACACAUAUUGUCUGCCAUCUCUACAUCUUUGGUUCAGCCCAGCUAUUUUGGUCCCUGCUCGCACUCUGAGAUUUUUCUCGCUUUCCUCUGGGUUUACACCUCUUUCAGCACUUAAAGGGUGAUAGACAUCUUAGAGUUGGUUAACUGAGCUAUAAAGGUCAGACUUCUGACACAGCUGGUGAUUGGCUAAUGGAUCUAGGUGUCAAAAGAUGGAAGAACUGGUUAAAGUCAUAUGGCUAUCUGCUUCCCUAUGACUCACGGGCACCCGCGCUGCACUCAGGGAAGGUCUUACAGUCAGCAGUCUCCACUAUGCAGCAGUUUUAUGGGAUCCCAGUCACCGGUGUGUUGGAUCAGACAACAAUCGAGUGGAUGAAGAAACCCCGCUGUGGUGUCCCUGAUCACCCCCACUUAAGCCGUAGGCGGAGGAACAAGCGCUAUGCCCUGACUGGACAGAAGUGGAGACAAAAACACAUCACCUACAGCAUUCACAACUACACCCCAAAGGUGGGGGAGCUAGACACACGGAAAGCAAUUCGCCAGGCUUUUGAUGUGUGGCAGAAGGUGACCCCGCUGACCUUUGAAGAGGUGCCAUAUCAUGAGAUCAAAAGUGACCGGAAGGAGGCAGACAUCAUGAUCUUCUUUGCUUCUGGUUUCCAUGGCGACAGCUCCCCAUUUGAUGGAGAAGGGGGAUUCCUGGCCCAUGCCUACUUUCCUGGCCCAGGGAUUGGAGGAGACACUCACUUUGAUUCAGAUGAGCCGUGGACACUAGGAAAUGCCAACCAUGAUGGGAAUGACCUCUUCCUGGUGGCUGUGCACGAGCUGGGCCAUGCGCUAGGACUGGAGCACUCCAACGACCCCAGCGCCAUCAUGGCGCCCUUCUACCAGUACAUGGAGACACACAACUUCAAACUGCCUCAGGAUGAUCUCCAGGGCAUCCAGAAGAUCUACGGACCCCCAGCUGAGCCCCUGGAGCCCACCAGACCCCUCCCCACGCUCCCCGUCCGCAGGAUCCACUCACCAAGUGAGAGGAAACAUGAGCGCCAGCCCAGGCCACCUCGGCCGCCCCUCGGGGACCGGCCGUCCACACCGGGCGCCAAACCCAACAUCUGUGAUGGCAACUUCAACACAGUGGCACUCUUCCGAGGCGAGAUGUUUGUGUUUAAGGAUCGCUGGUUCUGGCGCCUGCGCAAUAACCGGGUACAAGAGGGCUACCCCAUGCAGAUUGAGCAGUUCUGGAAGGGCCUGCCUGCCCGCAUAGAUGCAGCCUAUGAAAGGGCUGAUGGAAGAUUUGUCUUCUUCAAAGGUGACAAGUACUGGGUAUUUAAGGAGGUGACGGUGGAGCCUGGGUACCCCCACAGCCUGGGGGAGCUGGGGAGCUGUCUGCCCCGAGAAGGCAUUGACACAGCUCUGCGCUGGGAACCUGUGGGCAAGACCUACUUUUUCAAAGGCGAACGGUACUGGCGCUACAGCGAGGAGCGGCGGGCCACGGACCCUGGCUACCCCAAGCCCAUCACUGUGUGGAAGGGCAUCCCACAGGCUCCCCAGGGGGCCUUCAUCAGCAAGGAAGGAUAUUACACCUACUUCUACAAGGGCCGGGACUACUGGAAGUUUGACAACCAGAAACUGAGUGUGGAGCCAGGUUAUCCACGCAACAUCCUACGUGACUGGAUGGGCUGCAACCAGAAGGAGGUGGAACGGCGGAAGGAGCGGCGGCUACCCCAGGACGAUGUGGACAUCAUGGUGACCAUCAAUGACGUACCAGGCUCUGUGAAUGCCGUGGCUGUGGUCAUCCCCUGCAUCUUGUCCCUCUGCAUCCUGGUGCUGGUCUACACCAUCUUCCAGUUCAAGAACAAGGCAGGCCCUCAGCCUGUCACCUACUAUAAGCGGCCAGUCCAGGAGUGGGUGUGAGCAGCCCAGAGCCCUCUCUGUCCACUCGGUCUGGCCAGCCAGGCCCUUCCUCAUCAGGGUCUCAGGGGCAGCUCUGGCCACUGCCCACCGGGGCCAGAAGGGCCUUAGGCCAGGGGUCGUGCAGCUGAAGUGGUAGGUACAUUGGCCUAGGCUGAGCAUGAGGCAGGGAGUGAUGGUGGCUGUGCCCCAGGGUGGGUGUCUGGCAGCCAGUUGCCAGCCUUCUGUCCUGGGUGAACUGCUCCCUACGCAAGGGAAUAGGCCAGGCCCCAUCAGGAGGCAGGGACCAUGCCAGGAGGAGGCCCUGUGGUCACUGCAUCCUGUGGUUAUCAAUGAGGCACCACAGCUCUGUUCCUGGCUGGACCCAGCACCUUCUGUGGAAGCCAGCACUAGCACUCUCAGCCCCCUCUGGGAGAUGCCACCAAUCCUGGUCCCCCUUUGCCAACACCUGCUGGUCAGAUGUCCCCCUGCCCCCACCCCACUGUCCUCCAAGGCUACAAGACCCCUGCUGCCAACAUGGCGGGCAACAAGCCCGGGUUUCCGCUGCUGGCAUACAGCAGAUCCCUCAGGAAACCUGCUCCACAUCAGGGUCUCCUUUGAGAUCUAGGAUUUAGGGUCACAUGUUGCAGGCAGUGCUGUGGCCCAGCGGGGUCUGACAAGGACCCAGCUGUCACGUCGUGAAUAUUUAAAUGUCCUGUUACUACUGUUUUAAAAGUCCCAUUCUGCAAAGGCUGUUUGAGGCGUUAGGUGAAUUAGAGGUGACUAUCUUGGUGAUGAGGCCAGCGUGGCCGGCCCUUCCCCAGGAGACAAGGACCAAGGUGCUGCUAAGGCCACUCUAGCGCCUAGACACCCCAGGAGCUGGACCUGCUCCUGAGGCUAAAGGUCUGGGGCAGGAGCUGAUCCCAUCUCUGGAGGCUGAUCUGAGUUCUGACUAUCCUCCACUUCUCUGUCCCUCUCCCCAUUCUCCCAGUCCCCAGCCCUGUUGCUUAUGGUCUGGGGCUCAGCCUGACUAGCUAGGUGAGGCAGAAAUGGCUCCAGGCCAACAUUCUCAUGGCUUUGGGGGUAAUGGGCCCAGGGCAGCCUUCUCAAGUGUUCAGAGCCCACACCCCCAGUUACCGAGGCCAACUCAAUCUCUCAGCUUGGAAGCAGUGUUUAUACAAGCUUGGCCCUUGCUAACCCUGCUCACUGGGCUCAUCUGCCUGCAUUGCAGUCCCCGUCCUAGGGGCCCAUCCUUCAGUUUCUGGAAUUCCUAGGGCUCAGCUUGCCUCACUCCAACCCAGUGGAGGCAGCCCUGUUUGUCACUGAAGAGCCCUAGGCAAGACUAAUGGGUUCAGUGAUGCCCACUGGCUCUCUGCCAAAGCCAAAAGGUGGUACAUCUUCAGGGUGCUGGCAGAGUCUCCGAUGCCACUCUGGCCCUCUGGGCCUGCAUGGGCCUCGCCCAUACCCUGUGGCCUCUGGGCUUUGGGUUGGCUUAACCUGUAGCAGACAGGGACUACUAUUGCCCUGGGAGCUGUCUUGAGCAAAAUCUCUCUUGUCCCAGAGGCACCUAUGUGGGUCCACUAUGUUCCCGGGCAUCAUCCUUCUGUCUUUUCUCAUUUUGACCAAGGGCGGGCUCCCUGGGGUGGGUGGGGAACAACUGCAGAGAUAUUAGUGAUUCAUAGGUUUGUAUAGUGUUUUAUACUUUGCAAAGCACUUUAUUAGCUCAUACCUGUCCACUCACAUGAAACUCGUGUAGGCCCUGGGAAGCCUAGGGUAACUCUCACCGUGCCCUCAAAUGAAGCACAGAGAGAUUGUUUUUUGCCCAGGCCAUCGGGUGGGCUGGCUGGGCCUUGGGUCCCCACCAAUGGACCCCUCUAGGGUCCAAGAUGAGAUCAGAAGUGUCUCUUUUAUCCAUCUUUUCCUGGCCUCCCUUCUCCCCUUCCCGGUCCCUCUCCACUCCUCAGGUUGGUGCUCUCUCUUUUUGAAAGCUCUAGGCUCCCCAGGCUCCCCAUUGGCUCCUGGUACUACCAAGGCCAGCUGAGAAAGAGCAGGAGAUGGAGGCAGGCAGCUCAGGCUGCAGAUGUGAGGGAUGCAGGGCCAGGCCCAGAGAGGGCUCAGCCUGGAGGCUUCCAAUCUCGGAUUCUCCUGUCUUGUGGUCAUCUGUUUGCCCAUCACCCCAGGACAGGGCAGACAGACAAAGGGGCACUGCACUGGGGACCCCAGAGCCCAGCUUCCCCUCGGCCCGGGGAAUAUCACAGCAUUUCAGUGUCGGUCACAUUUUAAACUGAUCAGCCUUUGUAUAAUGUUUUUUAAAUCAUUUCUAAAUAAAACAAAAAUACAGA